CUCAGAUCCGCCGUACUCGUCCAUCCUCACGCCCAAGCUCGCCAGUCGAAUCCAUCGUUGCCGUUCACCGUUUCAAUCCCGUCAAAAUGGCCACCACCGUCCGCUCCGUCAAGUCCCUCAUCCCCCUCCUUGACCGCGUCCUCGUCCAGCGCGUCAAGGCUGAGGCCAAGACUGCCUCCGGCAUCUUCCUUCCCGAGUCCUCCGUUAAGGACCUCAACGAGGCCAAGGUCCUCGCUGUUGGCCCCGGUGCCCUCGACAAGGACGGCAAGCGUCUCCCCAUGGGCGUCAACGCUGGCGACCGCGUCCUUAUCCCUCAGUACGGCGGUUCCCCUGUCAAGGUUGGCGAGGAGGAGUACACCCUCUUCCGCGAUAGCGAGAUCCUUGCCAAGAUCGCCGAGUAAACCUCGUUGACCCAGCAUAAAACCCAAAAAGCAAAAUAUAAAGGAUACCCUCUCAUGAUUCUUAUAACUAUCAAAAGUGUACCAAUAUGUAAUGUACCAAUAGAAACCAGCAUUGAACAACAGCUAAACGGACAGAUUGGCAUACUUGAC